UGCCCGGCAUGGCGCGGCGCGGGGGCCGCUUCCCUCUCGGGGCUGACGGCUUUUAAGGGCGGCGUGGCGCAGCCAGCUCCAGAGCGCCGCCAGCUCUGCGGCCGUGCUGCUGGAGUCGGCCCGGAUUCCUCGCAUUGGAGCCCAGGACGGCAGCUGCGGCAUCGGGGAGACCCAUGCGGCACGGGCGGCCCUAGGCUGCCCGUGGGCCGCACCAUGCCGGUCCCUCUACGCUUGGUGUGCCUGUUCGGGCUCUGCAGCCUCUGCCGCGGGUACUUCGAGGGGCCGCUGUACCCUGAAAUGUCCAACGGGAGCCUGCACCACUACUUCGUCCCCGAUGGGGACUACGAGGAGAAUGACGACCCCGAGCGGUGCCAGCUGCUGUUCCGGGUGAGCGAGCAGCGGCGGUGCGGCGCGGCGGCGGCAGGCGGCGGGCUCAGCCUGCGAGAGGAGCUGACGGUGCUGGGGAGGCAGGUGGAGGACGCGGGCCGGGUGCUGGAAGGCAUCGGCAGGAGCAUCUCCUACGACCUGGAUGGGGAGGAGAGCUACGGUGCCUACCUGCGUCGAGAGUCCGCCCAGAUCAGCGACGCGUACUCCAGCUCGGACCGCUCGCUGAGCGAGCUGGAGGGCAAAUUUCGUCAGGGGCAGGAGCAGGGCGGCCGGGAGGAGUCCCGCCUAGGCGACAGCUUCCUGGGGCUGCUGCUUCACGCCCGCACCCUGCUCCGCGAGACCCGCCACGUCUCCAGCGGGCUGCGCGACAAGUACGACCUGCUCGCCCUCACGGUCCGCAGCCACGGCGCCCGCCUCAGCCGCCUCAAGAAUGAUUAUCUCCGCGCCUGAGGGGACUCCCCUGCCCGGCCCAGCUGAACCGGGACCCUCGCCGCCUUCACGAGACACCCAGCCCUACCGCCGGUCUCCCGGAAGGCACAGCCCUCACUCUCCGUGGAAGGAGCACCUCCUUGGACAAACCCUAGAUUAAGUUGGAAAAAUACCUCCGAGAUCAUCAAGUCCUACCUUUGACUGAAUACCACCACGCCUACUAAACGAUAUUGAGAAGUGCCACAUUAACUCAUUUUUAAACACUUCCAGGGAUAGUAACUCAAACAAAAUACAUUCUUCUUAAUGGAAAAACCUUAUUUAUUUUACCUUCUAAACAAAUAGCACAAUUCUAUAAAUCAGGAGGUUCGAGGUAUGUUUAAGUUAAUAUCCCAUAUUCAAAAAUCUACCCUCUGUUAUAUCAUUCAUCUUUGGUUGCAAAAUGAAGCAAGUUUUCUCAUCUCUGAUUCCCCGUUUGUUUUUGUAUCACCCGUUCUGUUGUGGUUCACCUGCCAUAAGUGUAGUUGAAGCUCCUUCCAGACACCUAUGUAGCAAAUACUUAAAUUGCUUUUGUUGUUAGUCCUUCAGGGUGAAACUUCUGGCUCUCUAUUAACUUCCUUUCUAAUGAUAUGUAUUACAUGCUCGUUAAACGUUGUUCUACUACAUAAAGCUGUGAUUUUCAUUUGUGUUUGGAAAGAUGGGAACUAUUCUGGCAGGAUUUGUGCUUCCAGGCUUGCUUAUCUGUGACUCUAAGCUAUCAAACCCUAAAAAGCAGCCAAAAAGGUUUAUGUCAGAUCCUGAGCAUGCUAGUGGAGAUUUUUAUAGAAAAAUAGAAUGAACCCUAGUGGUGACUGGAGUUUCGGAUCUCAGAUUUGUGAGCCAGGAGCCUGUUUCUAAAGUAGACAAAAAGGUUUUGUCUGUGCAAGCGCAUUGACUUUCCUUGUUGGUGGCUUUGUACUUUUGCUAGCUAAAUUAUUCUUUUGCUAGCUAAGUUGUUAAUAAAACUUUGUGGUCCUAGACAAUAGCAAAAGUGGCUGAUGGGAAGGAGAGUGGGGUUUAUUUGGGUUUUUAGACUUAUUGCUAUUUAACUGGCAAUUUGGGCUUUAGGUUACCGAUACUGCAGGCAUACCUGUUUGAAUGAAGAGUUUAUAGGUUGUUGUAAUAAAUAUUUGAAAACAAUGUUAAAGUACAUUUUUGUUAUUAGUUUCCAAGACACCCUUGAUUUUAAAACAUUCAGUUGAAAUGUGUCCUUUCAGCAAAAAUGUGAAAGUUUGUAGCCCCUGCCAAGUGAAAAAACUUGCUUUUAGUAAAAACAAAUAAAAUUUACAGAUUCAUGAGGUAAGCAAGUUUCAUUAAAAGCAUAACACAAAAGGGCUUGUAGGGCAGACUUCUUUGAGUUUUUAAGCCUUUUUAAGCACUCAUGGAAGUGAAACUGAUGUACUUUUGAGGUCUGUUCUUGUUAACCCUGCUCCCAUUUAGUUAUAUUUCAGUCUGCAAACCAUUCAGUGGAUAAGUUACUCAGCAGUGGAUCAACAUAAGUCUGCUUGGACUAGGGUGCUGAAGGCACCAGGAAAGUCUCAUGAAGGUAGAUGCUUACAGAACCAGACAGCUCAUUUUGCUGAAGGCAAUGAAGUGUAGCCAAACUAGCAAGAUACUUUAGAUGUCACUUUGCAUUUUUAAGUCCUCAAUAUCUUUGCUAAGAAAAAAAAGGAAACAUUUUAUUGAUUGACUCUGGUGGAACCACUCAGUGUUACUUUUCUGUUCUUGAGUUAGAAAAUAUACGUCAAGUUCUAGCUCUUAAAAAUUAAUUUAUUUGUGGCACUUUCCUUGCCUCUAGGGACAGAUGGCACAACACAAGAGUGAACUGAGUCACUGAAUCUUGUGUGCUCACUAUCUUAGCAAAACAUAAUAGCAAUUCUGGGCUGGACCAAGCUCCAGAAGUGCCUGGGACCAGUCUCCCCUGAAGAUAUCAUGCAGUUCCAUUUGUGUCCAGAGGCUUCUUAAAGAAAGCUUCAGUCUCUGUUUACCCACUUUGAGUCAUUUGCUAUAAUAUGAAUUGUAAACAUUAGUAAAUAAACAAAAAUGGCAUGACCAUGCUAUUUUUUUAGGUAUAUCAGAACAGUAUUCAAAUCCUAAUAGAAAAAUAGUAGUAGUAGUAGUAGUAAUGUAAAACACAGCUUCCUGAACAUACUUUAAGCAGCGUGAUGAUUCUAUUUGCAGUAGCAAAUGUUUGGUCAAGCUGAAACUAUUCCAAUGUAUACAGCAUACCAAAAGAGUAAGUGUUUGCAGAAUAUUUACUUUUCAAAGCAGGAGAUGUGUGGGUAUUUACAGAAUACCUCAUUCCACUCAAUGCCCUGUAAAUUGUCAUCUAGUGAAACAAGACUGUGAUACUUUACAAUCCACAGCAAUGUAUCAUAUGAUAAAUAUGAAUUCUUGAUGCUUUAUGUUUCAGUAAAAUAUAAAACUAUUUUUAUAUUUGAAAUAUGACAUCAUUCUUAUUUUGUUUAAGUAGCAUUAAUUUUGGAAGGCUUUAAAUGGUCCUUUCAUGGAGAAAAUGAAGAUAUCUCAGUCUGGUUUAUGUGUAAGUGCACACAUUUAAUAAAAAUGGUCAAUCUUAUGUGGAUUUGAUGAAACCAAUGCAAAAAUAUUUUAGGACAUUUAAAUCUACUGGAGUUUGAUUUACAUAAUUUUGGCUAACCUAAUCAAAUGCUUAUGUUAAAUGAAUAAUUUUUGAGUCAGAGCUGAUACAUUAAAUGGUUUUUAUAGAGCUGCCUGCAAGAACUGAGUGCUUAGUGGUAUUUAGCAGUUUAAAGUUCUAAAUUCAAUUUUUUUCCUUUAAAAACUGUGAAAACUAUAUUGCAAUACUCUUUGCAAUCUUAUAAAUGUCCUGCUUUUGCUUUUUAUCUGAUAAAACUUAUAUGUUUGGAAAGUAUGAAGAUGCCCUGGAUCUGGAUCUUCAUACAGCCUAUUUUAAAUAGUAAAAGCCCUUUUAUCAUUGAAAAUUUCUAAUUAUUUUUAAGCAGAGAGCUUUAAGGAGAUUAUUGUAGCAGCAAUCAUCCCAUUAUGUCCUUCUGUUAUGUUAAAAUAUUGCAUUGGUACUAGAUUAUUUUUUCUUUUUCAGAAUGCAGAAGUUUGUGCUAAAAUUGAGUGGAUAGUGAUUUUUUUUUGUUGUUGUUUUCUGAUGAUUUUCAAAACGUAUUAUUUCUGAAUUUAUUAAAGAGCUGAUGGUACUGAAGAGCAAAAGACUAUUUUGUGAAAAAAAGAAAACAUGCUGCAGCUGGAACAGUCACAGAGAGCUUACUUAAGUUUUCUCAUCAAGAGGAACAGAUUGCCCAGAGAAGGUGUGGAUGCUUCAUCUUUGAAAGUUUUCAAGGCCAGGCUAGAUGGAGCUCUGAGCAACCUGGUCUAGUGGAGGGUAUCUCUACCCAUGGCAGGUGAAUUGGAAUGAUAUUAUCUUUAUGGUUCCUUCCAAUUCAAAGCAUUCCAUGACUAGAGUCAAAGCAAGGCACUAAGGGACUCAUCUCCACUUUUCUCCAGGUAGCUCACUUUUGAAGGCAGUGCUCUGAUGUGGUCAUUCUCACAUCCACUGAUACACAGAACAGAAGAAGCUGAGAGCAUGCACAAAGCUAUUAACAGAAGCUUGAGAUAGAAAAGUGUACUUUCCUUGUGCCAAGUUAAUGGCUGAGAAUUCAGAGGGGAGUGUGCAAACCGGAUUUCAAAACUGCAGUUUCCGGUUCCAAAUGUUGACUUACCCAGGACCAUCCUCACAGAGAAGUCAAGUGAAUCUUUCAAAACUUUGGUGAACCUUUAAAAAACUCUCUGUGUGCCAAGCUGGGGUGUAUGAAUUGACUGAAGCUGAAUUGUUGCUCCUAUAGGUUGUCAUGUACUCAGAUGCAGUUUGGCAAGACAUAAACCUCAUAAGCAAAAAAUAUACCUGGUUUAGUCACUAGAAACAACCUUGUGAGCUACAGAGCUCUGGUUGUAAUCUUGUCUAGGAAAUGUGUAUUUUGUGGUGAAAUUCUAUUGGAUGUGUCUAUUACUGUAGGUGUAGCUGUUUAUUUAGUUGGUCUUCAUGUUGCUUUACCAGUUUCUUGCUCGUGCUUCUUGAAUAUCAACUUUGUGAUGAUUAAAGAAGUUUUCAACUUACA